CACAACAAAAUUCUAAAUUGUCAUUUUAUGACGUUUAAAUUAUUAUGACAUUUAAAAUUAAUGUCAUAAAUGGUCAUAAAACCAUGAAUGAAACAGUAUUUAUUAUGAAUGCUGUCAAUUAUUUGAAAACUAUCUGUCUCAUUAUGAUAUCUUCUUGGACACCAAGAACUGUGAGAGCGACUGUGGAUGUAAACUUACCUGAACUACAGUAUUUAGCCGAUCAUUUAGACCCUAAAGAAUGUCGGAAAUUAGUAGCAGCCCUUCAUUUCCACUCCUAUGAUCUUCCCAAUAACAUAGAAGAAGCAGAAUUAAGAUUAGCAAAAGAUAUGAGUUGUAUAAGACUCUUGUUACACUGGAACGGAACUCCGGGUGAAGGUAAAGGCGAAACUCACGAAGUUUUAAGCCGAAGACUUCGCCAAUUGGGGCGACAAGAUUUAUCCGAUUGGUUGGGAAGAACGGUUUUUCACGAAUUGGGGAAAGAUAUCGAAAGGAGUUUGGAUGCACCGUUUAAAGCCUUUUUAACUACAUCACCACCAAAAAGUGGAUAUGGACCUCAAUAUGUUAUCGAUGAAAAACCAACCCUUCCAAACUUCGAUUGGCUUCCAAUAGACACCAUUUCUUUUACGAUUAUCAUCGUUUUAUUGAUUGUUAUAAUCGGCUUAGUUUGUUUAGCGAUUUUUAGAAGACUUUGUAAAAAUGACAAGAAAAAGAAAUCAAGAAAGGGAAGGAAAAGAUUUGGGGAAAAAUCGGGUAAAGAGACGGGCUCAAAUUCAAGAUAUAAUCGUUUAAAUUCUGACGAUGAAGGAUGCAGUUGUAGCACGGAAAGUGACACUGAGAGUACACCGAAUAAAUUAAAUAUAUGAAAAACAAAAAAAUCUUUUUAUUUUUAAUGUUAUAAGUAAUUAAAAAUUAAUUAAAUGAUUUUUUGAGGUUAUGUUAAAAUUAGUCUUUUGA